UGAUUUCGUUGCUAUAAAUAGAAGGCUGGUUCAUGUACAAACUUCAAAUAAAACGACCACUCUCUUCUCUUUUAUCUCCAUCUCUCAAAGUCUCUCACUACUUAUUGUCUUCUUCUUCUUCUUCUUUGUAAUACGGUACCGUUGAUAUGGAUAACCAACGCAGGACGAAGCAAGCCAAGACCAGCUCCAUUGUUACUUCUUCUUCUGAAGAUGUGAAUAUUGGUGAUGACACAGAAGUGAGUAGUCUUGAAUGGGAAAUCGUGAACAUGAGUCAAGAAGAGGAAGAUUUGGUUUGUAGAAUGCAUAAGCUUGUCGGUGACAGGUGGGGAUUAAUAGCAGGGAGGAUCCCAGGAAGAACAGCUGAAGAAAUUGAGAGGUUUUGGGUCAUGAAAACUGAAAAGUGAUCAUAUAUUACAUGUCUCUCUAGUAAAGUUUCACUGAUUAUUUCCAUUUUCUUUUCA